CGGCCUGUCGGGGGCGCGGGGCGUAGCCAUGAGCGAGUCCAGCGCCAGUGCGCUCCCGCCAGGCAGGCGCAGCAGGCAGCCCUUCAUCCACCCAGAGAACCUCUCUUUGGACUCCAGUGGCUUUUCUUCUCCACCUGUGAAUUUCCUUCAAGAAUUGCCAAGCUAUCAGUCCAUUGCACGCAGGAGGACGACCAUUCUUUCCCGAGACAAGCAAAGUGGCACUUUGCUGAAGCCGACAGACUCUUACAGCUCCCAGCUGGAGGGAGGAAUCACCGAAAACCUCAAUAGCCAAUCGAUUCGGAAGUAUGCACUGAACAUCUCUGAGAAGCGGAGGCUAAGGAACAUUCAGGAGACCCAAAUGAAGUAUUUAUCUGAGUGGGACCAGUGGAAACGGUAUAGCAGCAAGUCUUGGAAGAGGUUCAUAGGGAAGGCUCGUGAGAUGACCACCCACUUGGAGCUGUGGCGGGAGGACAUUCGCAGCAUAGAAGGGAAAUUUGGCACUGGGAUUCAGUCCUAUUUCUCCUUCUUGCGGUUUCUGGUGUUGCUGAAUUUGGUGAUAUUUCUGAUCAUCUUUAUGCUGGUUUUGCUCCCAGUCUUGCUCACCAAGUACAACAUCACCAACAGCACUUUUGUGCUCAUUCCGUCCAAAGACACGGAUGUCCAAUGCACAGUAUAUCCAAUAAGUAGCUCUGGACUCAUUUACUUUUAUAGUUAUGUCAUAGACUUGCUCUCUGGCACUGGUUUCUUGGAGGAGACCUGCCUCUUUUAUGGACAUUACACCAUUGAUGGAGUAAAAUUUCAGAACUUCACCUAUGAUCUGCCCCUGGCUUAUUUGUUAAGCACAAUUGCCUACCUGGCCCUGAGCCUUCUUUGGAUAGUGAAAAGGUCAGUGGAAGGGUUCAAAAUCAACCUGAUCCGGAGUGAGGAGCACUUCCAGAGUUACUGCAACAAGAUCUUUGCCGGCUGGGACUUCUGCAUCACCAACCGCGGCAUGGCGGACCUGAAGCACAGCAGCCUGCGGUACGAGCUCCGAGCAGAUCUGGAGGAAGAAAGAAUACGGCAGAAGAUAGCAGAAAGAACAACAGAAGAGACAAUACGGAUUUACUCUCUGAGACUGUUUUUGAACUGUAUUGUUCUGGCCGUUUUAGCCGCGUGCUUUUAUGCAAUCUACAGAGCGACAAUAUUCUCACAAGAGCACAUGAAAAAAGAAAUUGACAAGAUGGUUUUUGGAGAGAACCUUUUGAUAUUGUACCUGCCUUCUAUUGUGAUUACGCUGGCCAAUUUUAUCACCCCAAUGAUCUUUGCCAAGAUCAUCCACUAUGAGGAUUAUUCCCCAGGCUUUGAGAUCCGGCUGACAAUACUUAGGUGUGUCUUUAUGCGGCUGGCUACCAUCUGUGUGCUGGUGUUCACACUGGGUUCCAAGAUUACAUCCUGUGAUAACUACUCCUGUGAGCUCUGUGGCUACAACCAGAAACUCUACCCGUGCUGGGAGACCCAAGUUGGGCAGGAAAUGUACAAGCUGAUGAUCUUUGACCUCAUCAUCAUCUUGGCUGUGACACUUUUUGUGGAUUUUCCCAGAAAGCAUAUCAGUAGUCCAUGGCCGUCAAAUGGCACAAACUCCCUAGUGACCUCUCCUUUCUGUUGCAGCCUCAUCAUGUUUUACUUCAUCGCCCUGGCCGGAGCACACAAGCGGGUGGUGGUCCAGCUCCGAGAGCAGCUGUCCCUGGAAAGUCAUGACAAGCGUUACCUGAUCCAGAAACUAACAGAAGCGCAGAAGGAUAUGAAGAACCGACUGGACCGGCAAUGAGGAUCCUUCCACGUGUUGCUCAUAAGCUGACCUGGUGACCUGCCGAGCCUACAGAGUCCACCUGGGUUUGGAGCAGAACUUUUAAAAUACAUUUUUCUGGAGUUCAGGUCUUCCCUGAAGGUGGCUCCCUGAAGGUGGUGGUGGUGUUUAUGGCACCCAGCCCCUGGGGAGGGCUUUCGUGACUUAGAAAAAGCAGGUUCAAACCAAGUGUUUGCCUGUAGACCAGCAGCUUAGUGACUCUCCCCCAAAACUGACUUAUUAAGCCGUUUAAGGUGUCAGAACAAAAGUUGAGGAGGGAGAGCCCUUUUGUAUUUUUCAAAGCUUAUUUAUGUUGUCUUUUACGGUUAACAUUAGUAGAGGUCACCCAUUCAUGAGGCUGAGUUAGUUCUUUUGCAACCAGGUUCUGGGGGUUUAGGCUGAGAAGUGUUCCUUAAGAAGUAGUAGCCCUUUUGACUUAAAAUGAGACCUGAUUUUUUUUUUCAUAAAGAGGGAUCCUUGAAUUGGGAUGUUUGGAACAGAUGGUGGAAACAUGGAGAGGGUGGGUGUGUGAUCCUAGCUACCUGGUGAUAAUAUGAGAGAGAAAAGCCAUUCCUGCUGGGUGAAUAAGCAGUCUCUGAAUACCCUGGAUGAAGCUUUAGGAGGAGGGGAAUGGCUACGGAUUGAGGGCCUUGACGUCUUAGCUUCCGGGGCAUUUUGCUGUAGCCUUCUUACUCAGGGGGAAGCUGUCUCUACAGUGCUGGGUCCCUUCUGGUCCUGAGUUCUGAGACUUAGCAAAGGGCCCUGGGUCAUCAAAAUUAAGAGGCAAAGUUUGUCUUUCAAGUCUUCCAAAUGCCAUUUCCCUCACUGCACUGAGGUUCCCAGCUCUAAAGGACACUAAACAUUCCAGGCUGGAAAGGGCGGUUGAGUACGUGCACAGAGCAUGGAGCUCCAUGGUUUACGUGCGGGACUGUUGGAGGCUGUGGGUUGCAGCAUCAGACCGGCCUGUGUCCGUGUCCCAGAGUACACAGAAUGCUGGCAUCUUCAAGGCACAUAUCCAUAUUUUAAGGGCUAUUGUUUUGUGCCGAAAAUUUUGACUUCUAUUUUAUAAAAUAUGCAGAGUAUAGCUUCAGGGUUUCCAUUACAGCAAAACAAAAACAAAAACCAAAACCCAUGUGCAAUAAAUACCUCGUCAUAAGCUUACCCGAAAUUGAUAGCUCUGAACCUUUCAGUAUAAGCCUAAAUUAUUGUUUCGUGUAAUCAGUUCUCAUCUUAGUAUCUUCAGAAUCUUUUCCAGAGUACUUAGUUUUGUAACAGACUGCAUGAGCCUUUCUUCUGUUGUUUUCCUUCCUUUCACUGGUUCAAAACCUUUUCCUAGGGAGUAGCCUGGAGUUUAAAGCUGGGUACAUAUUUUAGAAAGCUGCCCCUAAGAGUAUUUCCCACCCCCACUCCUACCCUCCAUUACUCCAAAAUGAUUGACUCCUUGCUCUGAGGAGCAAAGCAAGCUUGCCAUAGCUUACACAUUUCUGUAUAUUUGCCCCUUUGCCACAUCAUUUUCUCACUCUUCCCCAAAGUUAGCAUUAACACGGGAUAUUUAUGUACCUGUGAGACCAAUGAGCUUUUCAAGCUAAUAACUAGUAUCAUGGAAUUUUGAGUAACCAAAAGUUCAUUCUGUCCUCACUUGAAAAAAAUUCUAAUUGGAGUUAGGGACUAAUAUGCGUUUUUGUCUAGCACACUUACAUACAUAUAUGUUUUUGCCUUCACCAUGAUUCUGAGGACAGUCAAGUUGUGUGUGUGUGUGUGCGCGUGCGUGCGCGUGUGCAUGUAUGUAAGUGUGUGAGAUGGAAGCUCCGUUCUUUCCCUCUUAUAAAAUUGAUACUGAUGUAUGCUAAUAUAUUCAUUUUGGUUAAAUGCUGCUGAUUUGCAUACCUCUUACUUGAAUGUUUUUAUAUAUUUUGAUAACUUUAAUAACUUCAAGUGAUGUCUGUGUAAUUGUUGAAGUGCAGGUCUA